UUCUUCAUUAUCUCUUCAUCUCGUGGCGUUUCUUCAUUUUUUUCCAAUGUGGUGUGAAUAUAAUCCGCGCUGUUGUGCUUUCUUGGAAGCUCACAGUCAGCCAGAAACCCUUAGCUGACCAAUUGAAGAUGGGCAUUAUUAUUACUAUUUUUUUAAACUUUUACUGGCAUUUCAGCGCCAUCCUACGACCUUUCCAUCUCUCCCUGCAGUCCCUCCAGGCCAAGCAACAGAAUCUGAUGCAGCAGCUGGACAGCCUGGACCAAGAAUGCGAGCAGCUGAAGUCCACCGUGGCCGAAGAGGAAGAUGACAACCAGAUGAUGAGAGAGAGGCUGAAGGAGAUCCAGGAAGAAAAGUGGGAGAUGCAAGGCCGGCUGGAGGCCCAGAAGAAGCUCACGGAGAAACUGAGGCAGGAGAAGCAGACCUUGGAGCAGUCUGCCUCCGAACUGCAGAGGACCAUCUCGGAGCUGGGAGAGCUGAUCCACGAGAUGAAGGAGAAGGAGAAGCUUUUGGUCUUCUUCCCAGACCUUCACAUCCCCGUCGAGACCCGGUUCGAAAUCUCCGGGAACGUCAUGGAAGACAUGGGGAAACAGCUGCAGGCCAACAACAUCCGCAUCAGCAUUCUGGAGGAAGAGAACGCCCGUCUCCGAAACGCGAUAGCCAAAAUCAAAGAGCCGGCCCAGCAGGAGACACAGAAGUUUGUCCUUCCAACCCAGCUGUGGAUCCGGUCGGCUGAAAAACCGGGGCUUCAAGACAGCGCGAUGCCGCCUCCCGUGGGGUACCCCGGAGCGUCUGGCGUUCAGGGACAGAUUUCCAGGCCUCCGACAAACAGCGGCCCCACGGCAAGCGCCUCGCGACACAGACCUCCCAACCCCACCGUGUCCUACACUCCUGCCCCCCAGUGGAGUUCCAGCAGCCAGCUGCUCAAGGCCCCCUUGGGCCCCGCUCCGUUCAACCUUUUCUACAAGGAGACCGUAAGCAGCCCUUACGCCCAGGCCAAAGGGAAGGGCCGCCAGCCCCCGCCAGGCCACUGUACCCGCAACCACCAGAAAUAAAAAGAGGAAGCGCGCCCAAGGAGGGCUCCAGG